GCUCGCUCACCACAAUUGCAGUGUACUCGAAAAUGGAGAAACAAAAAGGGCGCAGAUUGUUGCUGAUGCCAUCACCGUUACAGGGCCACGUCACCCCAAUGCUCCAGCUGGCACACACUCUCCACUCUAACGGUUUUUCCAUAACCGUCAUCUACACUUCUUCCUUCACGCCUCCCCACCUCUCUUCUUCCUACCCUAACUUCACCUUCCUCUCCAUCUCCGACGCCUUGUCGGAACUCGAAGCCUCUACCUCCGCCUCCGAUCCCGUGCACCUCACGCGCCUCCUCAACGUACGCUGCGUUGAGCCGUUGAAACAGUGCUUGCUCACCUUGUUGAAGAACGAUGAUCGUGUUGCUUGCUUCAUCGCUGAUGCGGCGCUUCAUUUCACUCAAUCUGUUUGCGAUGGGUUUAAGCUUCCCAGACUUGUUCUUAGGACUGGUGGCGCUUCUUCCUUUCUUGUCUUCGCUUCUUUCCCUCUCCUUAGAGAAAAAGGUUACCUCCCUGUUCAAGAAUAUCGGCUGGAGGAACCUGUGGUGGAGCUUCCACCACUUAAGGUGAAAGACCUUCCAAAGAUCGAGACCCGUGAUCCUGAGGCCUUCUAUGAAUUUGUUGUUCAAUUUGUCGAGGAAUGCAAGGCUUCUUCUGGGGUGAUUUGGAACUCCUUUGAAGAGUUGGAAUCAUCUGCACUGGCAAAACUGCGCCAACUAUUUUCGAUACCGAUAUACCCUAUAGGCCCUUUCCACAAGCACUUCCCUGAAGGCUCAACUUCUUCUAGCUUAUUGACCCCGGACACAAGCUGCAUCUCUUGGUUAGACACACAAGAACAUAACAGUGUUGUUUAUGUGAGUUUUGGAAGCAUUGCAUCAAUAACUAAGGCCGAGUUUCUAGAGAUAGCUUGGGGGCUAGCCAACAGCAUGCAGCCAUUCUUGUGGGUGGUUCGCCCUGGGUUGAUCCGUGGUUCAGAGUGUCUCGAACCAUUGCCCAGCAGGUUCAUGGAGAAUUUGGGUGGAAGAGGGUACAUUGUGAAAUGGGCUCCUCAAGAACAAGUGCUGGCACAUGUAGCUGUGGGGGCAUUUUGGACUCAUAAUGGUUGGAACUCAACUUUGGAGAGCAUUUGUGAAGGGGUCCCUAUGAUUUGUUCACCAUGCUUUGCAGACCAAAAGGUAAAUGCUAAAUAUGUGAGUGAUGUUUGGAGGGUUGGUGUGAAAUUAGAGAAUAAGCUUGACAGAGAGGAGAUAGAGAAGACCAUUAGAAAAGUAAUGGUUGGGGAUGAAGGGAAAGAGAUAAGGGAUAAUGUCUUAGAUUUGAAGGAAAAGGCUAAAAUUAGCUUGAAAGAAGGUGGCUCUUCUUAUUCUUCCCUUGAUGGCUUGGUUACUGACAUCUUGUCUUUGAAAUCAUCCACUUCUGAAGUUCAUUGAUCUCUCUACAAAAUUCAGGUCUUAGUUAACAUUCAAAUACUUGUACUUCCAAAAGGUUACGUUUAUAACGUAUGAAUCAACAAAAUAUAAUAUUUUUAUUAGGAGGGAAUAUGAGUUUGCAUUGAAUUUCUGUUGGAUUAAUCGUCUAUGUAUCACAUUCAUAUGGCGAACUAUGCUAAUUGAUAAGUGACUGUACUUUUUGCAGUUCACAUCUAUUGUUCUGUUAUGUUUAUUAAAAAACAAAGAUUGAGUUUGUCAUGUA